AAGGAUGCCUAUCACACUUGUCCUCGCUGUCAACGAGUCCUCCACAUACAAAGGAAGACAUGUUGUGAAUGAACACACACAAGCUUAACUACCAACAACCAUGAUGCCAUGAGAUGCAGUUAAAUGCUGCAGGAAAAGCUAAACUUCAAACGCAAAACUGAACUCCUCUCCUAUUUGAUCCUGUGUGUUGACAAAAUGCCAUUCAUACCACCUGUGGCGAUUGCACGCUCUGUGUCAGGACUGACCGGGAAGGAGAAACCUAUCAACAUUUCAUCUGCAACUGCUGUGGCCAAGACGAAGGUCCAAAGAGAAGACAAAGGCAGCUCAGUGAAGGAGCGACUGGCUUCGAACCUCAAGCAUCUGGGGAAGAAGAGCCAACCAAGGAGUCAUCUGCCAACCACCAAAGGAGUUUCAGGGGCAGAGCUGCAUGCAACGAGAAGGGACACAUUGUUGCCUUCAUCACAAACAGACAGCUUCCUUGCCUCCAGCUCUGGUGAGUCCUUGUCUAAGACACAGCAGCACAAACAUGGGAGCCAGAGCUCUGUGAAGAGUGAACCAGAGGUGAAGACGAGGGCCAGGCAGGAGGAGGCCUGUUUCACGCUGACACUCACACCUGAGGCUGUUCUGCUGCUGCAGCGGAGGAACAGUGAGAGACAUCAACAUUCAGCAUCCAGAAAUGCUGGAAGCGGAGGUGGUGUUUCUGGAAGCGCCUCAGACUCCAGACGCAGGAGGGAAAACGUCUCUAUGAGGCAUCAACCAGCAACACAGAGACACAGCGCUCCAAACAGCAGAGUCACUGCUAAAAACAACAGUGACGCUGAACUGGGAGACAUAAGCUCCAUUGUGAAAAUCUCACUUCUAAAUGAGCAACAUAAGUAUGAUGAUGUGGAGUAUGAGGAAGAGGAGGACUAUUGUGUGGAUGAGCGUGUGGUGCUGAAAUGUACAGAAUGGCUCCGUGGGUUGGAAAACACACCAGUGACAGUGGGAAACAGCCAGAAUAAGAGUGCAAGCGGUGUGAAACGUUUUUAGAGGUGAAAGUACUGCUUAAUUGAGGUGUCAUCUUCCAACCUGAGUUUCUGUUUCUGUGUUGGCUAGUUGCUAUUUGAAGAUGUGCUUGUGUUACUUUUCCCUGGUGCUCUGUGUUUCUCUUGUGUAUGCUUCUAGGAUCAGUAAGACAACUGUAUGAUUUUACUGGGUCCAGUCCUGCUAAGAUAUUCAUUCAUUGUGAUAGAGUUUUUAUGAAACUUGAACUAUGAAUUUUGGCAUGUUCAUGAAAUGUUCUGGUCCUGCUGUUUCGUUUGAACCAUCUUCAAGUCAGAGGGGAAGUAUAACUUCAGGCAUUCAAAUUUGCUCUGGACAUUUGAACACCUGACAAGCACUGUUGUGCCAAUAGAUCACAUUUUAAAACUUGUUUUAAACUUGAGCAUCACAACAUAUCAGGUUAUUUGCAGAAUAUUUGAGUUAUUCCACAAAGUCAUAAUGCACUGCAGGUGCACGAAACCACUGAAAUGUCUAACAAGUGACUUUGUAAGAAAUAUAUUUAUUCUCUAUUUUCUAACAUGAAACCAUGUGUUGAUGAGAUUCUUUUUUGGUGAUCUGUAAGUUUACUAAUUCAUGAAUGUCCAAUGUGCACAGGGAGGAUUCUUUAUAAACUGAUUACAUGUAAUGCACUGGAAAAGACAACUCUUCACUGACGGUGUUGCGAAUAGGGAGGUGAGAUACAGAGCAGCA